AUGAAAUUUCAACCCGCUAUAGCAUCAAUUAUACCUGAAGAAGCUCUUAAUAAGCAGUGGAAUAAAUGGUUGAAACGUGCACCGCUAAGACCAACUGUAGUAAAUCGAACACUAUCACCGAUAACAAAUUUACUAUUCGAUUAUCCACCAGAAGUUCGUCGUCAUUUACAAUUGACUAUCGAUUAUUACUUAUCGCAUGGUACCUUACCGAUACUGCAACAAUUACGCGAUAGUUUUGAUUCAUCACAGCAGCAGUCAAAAAGUACUACUAGUGGAAUUGCUUCAAUACCCGGAAUAGAUGUUGUCGGUUGUGGAUACGAUAUAUUUAAUUUAUCAAGUAAAAAUUGUUUACUUGAUUUAACGGAAAAUGACAAGAACACAUGGAUCGAUGCAAAUAAUAACGGUCAUAUUUACAAAAUUCCUGACGGCUUUUUCGUAUUGAGUCAGACAGAUCUUUUAACCACGUAUGGUACUACUAGUUUUAGUAAUUUAUCCGAAUUAUGGCAAAAUUCAUUUUAUGCAAUUGAACAUGAUUCAUGGGGUUUCUUCGGUUUUGGUGCGUCACACAGUCGUCGAGAAAUUAUUGAACAAUAUCGAUACAAGUUAGCAUGGACACGUCAACAAGUACAUCUGUAUACAUUAUCGAUUAGUAGUUUUCCAAUACCACGUCUUCAUAAACUUGCUCGUUUAGCUAUCUCCAAAUUACCGUCCUCAUUUGAUCCUCGAUCGACAGAAAUAUGGAAACAAUUCUUCGAUGCUUAUGGUACACAUUAUGUUAUUCGAUCAGAUAUUGGUGGUCUGAUGUUGGGUGAAGAUUAUUUUGAAUCAUGUCUCAUUGAGAAAUAUAAUGAGACAUGGAUUCGAGAUCAACUCUCCAUACGUUACUGGUUUUUUGGAAGUAUAAAUGAACAAAGCGAACAACAUACGUUAAAAGUUGAUAAGAUAUUUAAACAGAAUAGUAUCUCCAUAUUAAAACUGAUUGGUGGCCAAGAUUUUGUUGAUGUAUAUGAUAAACAGAAGUGGCUUUCAACUGUUAAGAAUCGACCACAACCUGUAUCAUAUCAGCUUGCUCCGAUCUACACACUACUAUCCGAAGGUCCUCAACGCAAAGCUCUUGAACAAGCUACAAUAUAUUUUCGCUCAUCUGCUGUUAAUGAAUCAACUCCUUAUAUUCAACGCUUACAAAAUUCUCCUUUUACAUCUCCUUUACCAAAACUUGAAUGUUCAGUAGCACAAUUACGAAAGAAGAGAGCUAAAGUGCAGUAG